AAGCACUUUCUUAGCUGUUACUUCCUCAAUGUAGACAUUUCAGAGCAUUCGCAUCUCUUUCAAAGCUGGGCCAGCCCUAGAAACUCAGGUACAGAACCUUAAAGUCAUAUGUGAGACACUGUUGUAUCUAUAGGAUUCAAGAUUGAAAAUGAUGAAUCGUCUGAGGCUGGUAGCUUUAGUACUUCUAUUUGGUCUGGUGUCUGUUGUAAUAAGUCAAACAUGCAACUCUUAUGCUGGAAUUCCUGGUCUUCCAGGGAUGCCAGGACUACCAGGGAAAGAUGGCAGAGAUGGUCAGAAAGGGGCCAAAGGAGAGAAAGGUCCCCCCGCUUCUUAUGAAAAUGCAGCUGUGAAGGGAGAGAAAGGAAACCAAGGACCUUCUGGUCCCCAAGGAAAAAAUGGACGCAUGGGAUUUUCUGGUGUUCCAGGAAUAAAAGGAAUCAAAGGAAUUAGAGGAGAGAAUGGAACCACCGGCUAUCACAAGUCUCUAAGGAAAUCAGCUUUUAGUGUGAAGAGAUCAACUGGCGUUUUUCCAGCACGUGAUUCACCUGUGGUCUUCACCAGGGAAAUUACCAAUGAUCAGAAUGAUUACAAUACCAAAACAGGCAAGUUCACCUGCAAAAUCUCUGGCAUAUAUUACUUCGCCUAUCAUUCAUCAUCCACCAACUCCCUUUGCCUCAGCUUAGUUAAAGAUGGUAAAAAGGUAUGCAGCUUCUGUGACCACAAAGUAAAUUCUCAUCAAGUGAGUUCUGGUGGGGCCGUGCUUAGCCUAAUGCAGGGGAAUGAGGUCUGGCUUGAAACCACAGACUACAAUGGAAUGGUUGGCACUGAUUUGCAUGACAGUGUCUUUACUGGUUUCCUGCUCUUCCCAGACUAGCCAAUGUAAAAGACAGUCUACAACAAGUUAAAACAAAUUAUCAGCAGAUACAAUCAAUGAAUUAAAAAUCAUUCAGAAAUUAUGACAAUGAUUGUAGUAUAACAAUUGUAUUUGUCUCCUUUAAAGUACUGGAUCUAUAAGUCACAGCUGCAUUGCUAUGUCAUUAAAAUAUGUGAUGCUGGUGUUACAUAACAUUUAUAAGCACAUUUAUGCAAAUAUAGUUGUAUAAAAGUAACCCAUAUGUUGUCUCAGUAGUUUGCAACUUCUUUUAUUUCACAAUUUAUUUAGCUAGUGGACGUUGGCACUAAUAUAAGUGUAUGCAACAUGUUUGUUAAGCUGAUUCUUAGCUUGCAAAAAUAAAACAAUACAAGUAA